AUGGAAGAAUUAUUUUUCGCUGAUAUUAACAGUACAAACUUUUUAAGUAGUUACAACAAUAAGUUACUACUAAUUAGUGGCAAUAAAAUUAAAUUUUACAAAUAUGUGGAAAUAAAAAAUGUGGUAAGAGCACAAAAUACAGAAAUAUACAGCAUAAAGGACAUCGAUAAAAAUGAGCAAAUUGUUUAUGUUUCAAAUAGUGUAACAGUAAAAAGAAACUAUAAAAGUAUUGGUACAAAUGAUGAAACUAGCGAUGAUCAAAAUAUAGAAUCCAAUUCAAAUACAGGACAAAAACUUGAAUCUGGGAAAAAAACGAAAAUAUCCUAUGCAUGUAUUGCAUUUGAGCAAGGAAAUGUAUGGCUUUGCUCAGAAGAUGAAUCCAACAAAUUAUUUGUAUAUGAAAAGUUAAUAUAUAGAAAAAUAUGUGAUAUAGUCAAGAUUGAAUUAUUCCUUUCAAAUAAUAAUAUUAAUGCUUUAAUGCUAUAUAAAGACUAUACUUUAAUAUUAUAUAAUGAAAAAAUGAAAAACACAAUUAAAAUUCCUAUUCAGCAAUAUGUGUACAAUUUUUGCUUAAGUCAUAAUUAUCAAACUCUUGCAAUUUUUAAUCAUGCAGAUAUAUAUAUUUACGAUCUUAUUAAACAUGUAUAUUCUUUGAACGAACAAAACGAGCUUAACAAUAACGCACCUCUAGAAAAUGGAAGUAAUGAAAAUCCAACAAACGGACAAAGCACCGCAGAUCAAAAAAAUUAUGUUGAAGUUAAAGACAUUUUUAAUUUAUCAAAAAAUUAUAAAAAUAUACUAAAUUGUGAUUGGCAUCCAAAAAAUCAUUGCAUAGCCUUGUGUGGGGAAAAAAAAGUUAGAUAUUUAACAAUAUAUAAUUACAAUGUUUAUGAUUUUUCAGGACCAGAAGUACAUCAAUCAUUUAUUAAUACAACCAAAUUUGUUACAAUCAUGGAUAAUAUUACUUUGUUAGCUUCCUUAAGUUGUAGCGAUUAUCUUCUUUGUAUUUGGGAAUUUGAAUUGGAACACUGCUUAUAUAAAUUUAAAAGUGAUUAUUUGAUAUCUCAUUUUGACAUAUUUUAUUAUAAUAAAUAUUUACAUGCAUCGCUACUAGCACAAAAAAAACAUUUAGCAAAUUUAAAAAUAAUGGAUAAUGAAAUUUUAAAAAAAAUCGAAUCUAACGAUUCAGAUAAAGAAAGUGAUACUUUUCAAAAUAAUAUCGAGAACUCCUCAAAAUUAGACCAAGACACACAAUAUCAAUCAAAUGGUUAUAACAAAAAUCAGGAAGGAAAACGACAAUCCAAUAACAAUGAUGAGAAUCUCUUUGAUGAUAAUAAAAAGGACUAUAGCGAAUCUCAUUCCGUGGAUUUACGAAGAAAGUCAAAUAAUUAUAGCAAUAUUGAAGAUGAGUAUAAUAAUAAUAGUAAUAAAAAAAAGAGAAAAAAAAAAAACUUUUUGGAUGAUGACAAAACCCAAGAUUCUUUCUCUAACGAUCAUUUACACAAAAAAAUCGCAAAAAAUAGAAGAGAAAGCACUUUUGAAAAAAACAAAAGAGAAGAUAACCCAGUUGAAUAUUAUGAAAAUAAAAAUAAAAUUAAAAACAAUGCUCACAAAAAUGAAGAAAGUGCUUAUAACAGUGAUAACUCAGAUAAAUAUGAUACCCACAAUAAAAAACUAGACAAUCAAAGUAAUAUUAGCAAUACAAAUGAAGAAGCCAUAUACAAUUCAAAGAAAUAUAAUUUACAAGAUUUUAUAAAUAAAAAUAAAGACGUUAUAUUAAAUAAUAAGCAAGAUGACAGUAAUAUGGAAGAUGCGAAUGAUUUAUUCAAUAAUCAAGAUGAACAAGAAAAUCCAGGAGCUUUUAAUAGUUAUGUUAAAUAUAAAUUUGAUCAAUUGCGAGAAUUAAAAACACAAGUAGAUUUAUUGCAAAAGCAAGUGAUGGGUCUAACAAAAAUUAACCUAUAUGAUUUUAUCGUUUUAUCCCCUGGAUUAUGUGAAGAACCUGAAAAUAUAAAUGAUCAGUGGUGUAUGUUUUGGAACGAUAUUGGACAUAUAACAAAAAAAAAAGAAGGAAGUAAAACUUAUAUAUACAUUUUUUUAUUUAGAGGGGAAGAAGUAGGGAAAAAAAAAAUUACAGAUAUGUAUAAUGUUACAUCUGCUUCUUUAAGUGCACAUGGAUUUGCUUUAGCUUCAAAUCCUUAUGAAAAAUCACAAUUAAAAACAAAUAGUAUAUUAACAUUUCAUAAUUUAAAGGAUAAUGUUAUAUGGAAUAAAUAUUUACCAAAUGAUGAACUAAUAAAAGGUGUAGCAAAUGGAAAUAAUUUUGUCGCAAUAGUUACAUCAAGCAAUUUUCUUAGAAUAUAUUCAGUAUAUGGUUAUAUUAUUAAUACAAUUUUAUUAAAAGGUAUACCUGUGGCUAUCAGCGCAUAUGAGCAUUUACUUUUUGUAAUUACUUGUCCAUAUAUUUUUGAAAACGUUACUAGCUAUAAUAUAAAUAACACUUAUAAUUGUACACUUUAUAAAAUACAUGAAAAUUUUACAAAUAUUAAAUCAAAUAAAUAUAAUACAUAUCAUAUAACAAUUUUAUAUGAAGAUAUUUUAUCCCUACCAUCUUGUCACUAUUUAAAUUGGAUAAAUAUGUCAAAUUUUGGUGUACCAUAUAUAAAAGAUACAUCGAAUUAUAUUUAUGGGUUAUACCCAUUAUUUAAAAAAAAUAAUAAUAUUGUCUAUGACUGGGUUCCUGUAUUUGAUAUGAAUAAUUUAAAUUCCCCUGAACCAGUAAAAAAUAACAUUUCACUUGAGCAAAAUCAAGAAAAUAAUGAAUCAAAGAAAAACGAAAAUUCUAACAAUGAUGAUAUUGCUGAAAAUGAAGCCGAAGCAAUCAAUAAAUGCAGCUAUUAUCCUUUAUAUUUUGAUAACUAUGAACAAAUAUCAGUUAUUAAAUUAAAUAGAAAUGAAACCGAACCAAGAUCGAAUAUAAUAGAAAGUUGCUUAGGCUAUAAUGUAGAAAAAAAAUAUGUUGUUAUGAGUGAAUGCAACUUGAUAAAAUAUGAUAAAUUUGUGAAAUUAUUGCAGACAAAUCCGAAUUUAUCGCUAGAUAAUGAUUCAAAAAAUAAUGAAUCCGCUAAUCUACCUUGGGAACAAUAUGAUGAACUAAGAUCUCGAAUUGAUAUUUAUUGUAAGCAAUUAUUUGCUAAUAUAUAUUAUGAUUAUUCGAAUGAUGGAAAAAAUAAAACCGCUAAUGACACACUAAAAUCUUUUAAUAAAUUAUAUGACAAAUGGGUUAUGCGUAUGUUUGCUUUGCUUAAAAACCAUACAAAAAAUCAAAAACUAGCUGUCAAAACAUCUAGAUUAUUUAAAAAUAUUAAAAACAUGAUGCUUUCUAUAAGUUUAGUAGAUGAUGAGUAUAGCACAUUACAUAGUGAAAUUACAAAUGAAUAUUUAAAAAGACAAAUUGAUGAUGAAAAUUAUAAAAAAUAUGAAGAAAAUUUAAAUUAUGAUGACGAUUAUAAAGAUGAAGAUCAAAAACGAAAGGAAAUAUACGAAAAAUAUUGCAACAAUCACAAUCUUUCAGAAAACGAAACAAAAACUAAUAAUGGUAUAAAGACAAGCACGAAAAUAUAUAGUAACCAUAAUAAUAAUAAUAAUAUAGAAAAUAAGGAUAAAAAAGAUAACCGCUUCUUAGAUAAAUUCUUUACCGGGGUCACCAAAAAUAUAAGUGUUGAUAAUCUCUUCACACAAGAAAAAAAGAAUACACAAAUUAAAAAAAAAAACACCUUAGAAAAUAUCUUCACUGAAUUGAAGGAAAACUGA